AUGCAGACGGUCAGAACGGUGGAUGUGGUUGACUGCUCCUUUCUCUUCUGCUUUUCCAAGCACAACAAGGCAGCGGUCCAGAUUAAGGAGGACAUGAAGUGGAUGGUGCAGCUGCCCAUGAACAAACUCUCUCCGGCCACCGCCACAGGGGGGAAGAAGAUCUUCGGUGUGUCCCUGCUGGAGUUGAGAGAUCUGGGACUUGUCAAGGACGGGGUUCCUGUGGUUGUCCGGAGUAUGGUGGAGUAUCUGGAAAAGCAUGGUCUUCUUCUGGAGGGUCUGUUCAGAGUAAACGGCAGCGUUCGGACCGUGGAUAACUUGCGGCAGAGGUAUGAUGGUGGAGAAGAGGUUGAUCUACAUCAGGAUGCAGACACCUUUGCUGUAGCCAGUUUACUGAAGCAGUUCUUGAGGGAUCUACCUGAAGCUCUCAUCCAUCCCUCUAUCCACAAUCCUCUCAUUCAGCUGUACCAGGAAUCCAGUGAGGGUGACUUCUGUAAGGACCUGCGUGAGCUCCUACUCCAGCUGCCAGAUAUCCACUACAGUCUCCUGCAUUACUUAUGUCACUUCCUGUCCCAGGUGGAACAGGAACAGGCUCAUAACCGCAUGACCGCCACCAACCUGGCCACAGUGUUCGGGCCCAACAUCUUCCAUGUGUCAUCUGGUUUUGACGGUAUACGGGAGCAGAAUAUCUGUAACAACAUUAUGGCCAAGUUGAUCCAGAACCGCAGCACCAUAUUUAAGCCUGUGGUGGAGAGAAGACAGAUCGAAGAAAAGCCUUCAAACCUAAUCAUGGUCAAAGUGAUGGCAAUGAAUCGAUCUGAAUUUGACUGGGCUCUUGUGCGCCUGAGAUUUUUUACCUCUUACACUUAUUCAUCUGGCUUUCGACAUGUACAGCCUUUAUCGGUUAGAAAGGUGAAGAAGAUAAAGACAGAGGCUGUGCCGAGAUCUUUUCCUCAACCGGCUCCCUCCGGUAAUCCCGUCUCCAGGCCUCUGCCCCAUCUUCCAGACAGAAGCUCGGGUGCUAGUGCUCAGUUUCCUCCACACACUCCAGACCAGAGCAUCAGCUCAAGUGUUGACGGCAUGAACCCGAGUCCUCAGACCGUAAGCCCUGCCAGAUCCACAGAGAUCAGCCUCCAAGAAGAUGAAAGCCCAAUAUCUCCUUUCUAUAUUAGCUCACAGAUCUCUCCUGGACACUGCAGACCUGAAUUAACAAAUUUUCUGGAGAAGACCAUUCGCUCAGCGGUCGAGCAACACCUCUUCAACUCGCAAAUGCACACAGGUCAGAGUUCAGAGGGCUUGGAUCCGACUGCCCAAUCUUCAUCUCCUGUGACAACAGCCCGAGAGAGGAGGAGACAUCUACGAGAACAAGAGGAGAACUUCAGGGUCGAGGGUGAUAAAGAGAACGUCCCAUCUCCAGGUGUGAGGGUCACAGAGGAGGGUGACGGGCAUCUGCUGCUGCCGCCACGUGAGGCUCAGAGAAACAGGAAACCCAAACACAGUCCCGCACUGACUGAGCACUCAGACAACCGGGAUGCCCCCACCCCAAUGGAAUGCCAAGGGCCUGAUAGAAAUGCUACUGAAAAUAUGGCGUCAGCUGAUUACAGAGGGAAGCAUCAAAAGGACUAUGGCUUUCAUUCUAUUCAGCGUCACGGUCACGGACACCACGUCCAUGUUUUUAUGCAGUCUAUGGUAAAACCUUUUCCUUGGGCCGUUAUCUCAAUUGCCUCUCUUUCCUUUUGUCUUUCAGAUUCUCACUUCUUUUGCGCACCUUUCCUUGACUUUAAAAGCCUUUUAAAAUAAAGUCACAAUGAGGAACCAGUCCCGGCCUACUCGUCUUGGCAAAAGGAGAGUAUGGAGCGCGAGGAGGCUCAUCUGUCACCCCACGCUGGUGGCAAGCUGAUUCGCCAGCUCCUGGAGGAGGACAGCGACCCAAUGGUCUCGCCGCGGUUCUACGCUUAUGGAGACAGUCAGCAGUAUCUGGAUGACACUGAGGUUCCUCCAUCUCCACCAAAUGCCCACGCGUUUGUCAGUAGGCGAAGAAGCUCAUCGUUAGGCUCCUGCGACGAUGACCGGGAAGAGCUCACUUCAGCCCAGCUUUCAAAGCGGAUCCAUGUACUCAAGAAGAAGAUCAGGAGGUUUGAGGAGAAGUUUGAAGAAGAGCGCAAAUACAGGCCUUCACACGGCGACAAAGCCGCCAAUCCAGAGGUUCUGCGGUGGAUGAAUGAACUGGCCAAGAUGCGCAAAGACUCAAAAGAUAACAAGUUGCUUAAGUCAGAAGAGGAUUUGACGCCCAUCCCCCGCCAGCGCAGCAACACUCUUCCCAAGAGCUUUGGAUCUCAGCUGGAGAAGAAACCCACUGAGACCAAAGCCCCCAAACCCCCUGUGGAGUGCACGCUAGAGGCAGUUAUGAACAAAAUGCAGGAGAAACGCAAGGAGGCUGGCCGUCCUGAAGACGUUAAGGACAUGACCCGUGAGCAGAUAGGAGCAGAAAAAGUGGCCCUUCAGAAAGCUCUUUUAUAUUACGAGAGCAUCCACGGGAGGCCAAUCACCAAGAAUGAGAGGCAGGCCAUGAAGCCUCUAUACGACCGGUACCGACUCAUCAAACAGAUUCUCUGCAGAGCAUCUGCCAUUCCAGUCAUUGGCUCGCCUUCCAGCAAGCGCAGAGGCCCCCUGCUGCAGCCCAUUAUCGAGGGUGUACCAGCCCUAUUCUUCAGCGACACCAAGGAGGAGGAGGACGGCUCGGACGAUGACAGUGAUACCAGGACACAGUUCACGGUCACGGUUAAGCCGGAACUGACCAUGUUGGAACUUCUUGACCAGCUGGAUGAGGACACAGAUGGUUUCAUCUCACCUGUUGAUGACCUAUCACCCUCCAAGAACACCACAGACAUGAGAUUGUCCAAUUUGCAUGCUGCUACCAUGCAGGAACUCGUGGAACAACUCCAGGAAGCCCGUGAAGAAAAGAAAAGAAUCCGCAAAAACCUCCGUGAUUUUGAGGAUCAGUUCUUCAAACAGAAUGGCAGAAACGUGCAAAAGGAAGAUCGCUCACCCUUGGCUGGAGAAUACAAUGAAUACAAGCACAUUAAAGCCAAGCUAAGGCUGUUGGAAGUGCUCAUCAGUAAAAGAGACUCUUCUAAGUUCAUCUAGUGCUCAGCUGGGAUUUACUUUACUAGCCAAACAAGGACCAGCCAUUGCUAUCCAAAGCAAUAUAAUGUGUACAAAGACAUGUUCCUCUGUUAUUGACUCAUUACAGGCACAUUUGGCUUUGAAGGACGCCAAGACAUGCCUAGUUCAUCUUUAGCAGAUGUACAGUGCUGUUUGUUCCACUGUACAGCAAAAAGGACUUGUGUUCUGCUUUGGACUGCUUUUUUUGCAUCUGCUAUGAGACUGGAUUUCAGAAAACAAUCAGAUUACUUGUGAAUCUCUGAUCUUAAUUCCCAUUGAAGUCCAGAAGAAAAUUUCUGUUAUGUUAUGUUGUAUUAUAUGACAUUUUGUUUCAAAUUUUAGAUUUUUUUUCUACAUUAAUAUUGCUGUAAUAUAGAAACAAAUGUUUUCGCAAUCAGACAUAAGCUUUGAAGAACAUUGAGAUAAUGCGUCUUAAAUUGUCUGUGUAUAGAGAUGAGGAGAGUUUAUCAUUAUAGGAAUUUGUCGUAUUUGAUGAAUUGAAGAAUGUAACCAAUUUGUGGAAGGAAGGCUCUCUGUAUAUUAGUUUUCAUUAUUUACUGGUGCCAUAAUUGUUUAUUUUGAACAUUAAUGCUUCUGAGAAAAUCCCCCCCACACCACUAAGACCAUUGACUAAGCUAGAAUUUACUUCAGUUAUUUUCUUUAUGAAAGAAAAAAAUGUGCAAAUGAACAACCAUAAGAAAUCUGCCAUUCUCUAAUGUAGAAACGCACAAAAAAAGGUACUAUAAUCCAGCUUUCAUUGUUCUUUUUGUAGUGUUUUUUUGUACUCUAGUGUCUUACUGGUCAUCAAAUGAAACUCACUGUUUAACAGUGAUGUGGGUGGACUGAACCCUCAAAACCAUCUCUAUUGUUAGCGAGCAAUAGAAAACAAAACUGUGGGGCCUCACUGAGCAUUUAUGCCUCGUGAACGCAGAUACAAACAGCGAGCACAUCACCCCUAUCUCUUAUUCUCCAGAUUGGAAAAUUUUAGUGUGACCUUUGUUUUUACUGAACAUGACAAGACUGAUGGAUAAAGAUGAAUACUGUGUGUACAUUUUAGUACAUGAUUGUAUUUGUAUUUUGUAUAUAUGAUAUAAAACCAAACUAUUUUUUCUGAAUA